AUGUCAAGGUACAUGACAGGGGCUUCCCAUGUCCGCGUGCAGAGGAGCUUCAUUGCCACAGGAGGUUCAGCUCUCAAGCUGGUGCAGAUGAUCACUCGGCAAGCCUUCAUCACGAGGUCUUCCCAUGUCCGCGCGCAGGAGAACUUCAAUGUGACGAGACAUUUUACUCGAAACGGAGGGCAAAUGGCCAUGCCGCAAAAGUCCACGCUCAAGCCAAAUGGCGCUGUCCGCGCGCAGAGGAGCUUGAUUGUCAUGAAAUGUUCGACUCCAAAAAAGAUGCAGACGCGCAUGUGA